AUGAAGCACUUUUGGUAUCAUGUCUUAUUCCUUUUUUUAUUUGCCUUUUCAUUCAUUCUUUUUCGGUUCCGUCUUUUCGUUUAUCUUUCUAUUUCUCUCCUCGUUUCUUUUCUCCAUUAUUUUGUUUGUUUCUUUCUUUCUUUCCAUUUUAUUUUCCCUUCCCUCUUCUACUUAUUCACUUUCUCUGUUGAUUUAAUUCAUUUUUAUUCGCUUUUUCCCAUUUCUAUUUUAUAUCUUUGCUUUUUAUAUAUUUCUUUUUUUUCCUUUUCUCUUGUCAUUCUCUCUCUCUCUCUCUCUCUCUCUCUCUCUCUCUCUCUUCAGUUUUUUUCUUCUUUUUUUUUUCUUUUUUUCUUUCUUUUUUCUUUCUUUUGUUUUUCAUUUUUUUCCUUUUUUCUUUUUUAUUUCUUUUCUUUUUCCUUCUUUUUAUUUCUUUCGUUUUUCAUUCUUUUUCAUUCUUCUUUCUUUUUAUUUAUUUUGUUUAUCAUUCUUUUUUCUUUUUUUAUUUCUUUCGUUUUUCAUUCUUCUUUCUUUUUAUUUAUUUUGUUUAUCACUCUUUUUUCUUUUUUAUUUCUUUUGUUUUUCAUUCUUUUUCCUUUUUUCUUUUGUUUUGUUUUUCAUUCAUUUUCCUUCUUUAUUGUCAUUCUUUCGUUCCUUUUUAUAAUUCUUAUUCAUUUUCUAUGA